GGCACACAGCGUUAUUAUGUUGUACAUUUUGUAAAAGAGAACACUGUUGAAGUUGUACCAGAGCAGUGGGUGGAGAAGAGAGAUGGGGUGAGUUGAUCAGUUAAAUGGUUUUCAGGCAAAGAGAUGGAUAAAUAGUUAACUUUAAACAGUGUCUCAUAUCUUGCAGGUCCUGUGUUGCUACUGGCCAAGAAAUGCCAGCGCAACAAUGAUUAAGAGAGGAGACCGUCCUGACAAAAUAUUAUGGGAGAAGUACAGAAUUUCCAUAUUUUCAUCCACUGGUAAAAUAAUAUUUUACUGUAUCCAUCCACUCCCGUUUAUAUUGCAAUGUAUGCUUGGUUAUGUGGCUCUGGAGCAGGCUGCAUCAGUUGAACAUACUCCUAUACAUAAGGCUAGUUCCAACGUAGAAUAUGUUCUAAGCCAGGCGUUAACCUGUGUCACCACCUGGUUGUAAGUAAUAGCUUUUGCUACGCCAGGGUGUAAAAACUAAGUGUAAUGUGGGGUAGACGUAUAGUAUAAAUCUAUAACUAGUUUCCAAGGUAAGUGUUUCAUGACUAGUCAUGUCGCAUCUUGUUCAAUUUUCUAAAUCAUUAUGUCGGGCGUAAGUAGGCCCAAUUUAUCUCUUACACCUUAUUAGCGUCUGGUGCAACCCACUCCUGGUCAGUAGAGUCAGUAACUUCCCCCUCUUACGUACUAUAUGUAUUUGUUGAAAGUGAAUUAUGUGAAUUACAAAUACUCAAUACCCUGUUUUGCCAGUGUUAAUAGGAAAGUAUUUAUGACUAUGUUUAUUGCACGUACAGACAAUUACUCUGUGGCAGAGCAACGAGACAAACGGGGGGUUGACACCUCCAAUGUUGAAUCUGACGAGGAACCAGCGAAGAGGCCGGUGACUAAACCAAUCACAUUGUCACGAUCGUCGAACACAGAGGACCAAGGCGCAGCGUGGAAUGCGAACAUACUUAUUUAUUUAUUUAUUUAUUCCACACGAAACAAGAACAACAAAACGAUACGUGACGUCCUUGGCAAAUAACACUAACCAUACACGGAACAAGAUCCCACAACACCCUGUGGAAAACAGGCUGCCUAAGUAUGGUUCCCAAUCAGAGACAACAAGCAACAGCUGAUUCACGUUGCCUCUGAUUGAGAACCACACCGGCCAACAUAGAAACAAAUGAACUAGAUAAACAACCUAGAACACAAAACACAUAGAAACAACACACCCUGGCUCAACAUAACAGAGUCCCAGAGCCAGGGCGUGACACACAUUCCGUGUAGAGCCACCUGGUGAGGAUUUCUUAACUGCUCUUAUUCCAUUGUUUGUAGUACAUGCAUCAGGAAGUAGAUGAAAUAAAUGUCAUUUUUUUUGUAUUGUGCUUCGUAAGAUGAUGAUGGAAGUGAAGCACUCCAGAAAAAGACAAAUGAACCCAGACAAGCCCAGCUUACAGUGUCCCAGCUUCCACCAGCCCCUAGUGGUAAGAUCCUGCAUUAGGCUACUAGGUCAUUAAAUGUAUAAUCAGCAAGUUGAUGGUAAGUUUGACACACAUUUAAGUAUGUGGGUGAAGAAAAGCUUACAGUUAAUGCAAGUACUAGUCUUAAAUUGUAGAAAUGGCAUGAAAUCAUAACCUAAUGACAGUUGAUAUGACAAGAAAUGACCACACCCAUCUGAUCUUGACAUACUUGAUUAUUAGUCACGUUACCAAAGUGUAACAGUUCUUUUUUUUCUUUUUUCUUAGCAACUUCAAGAGCCAGUAUCUUUGAAAAGACCCUACAAGAUACAUAAUGUUUCAAGUCUGAUGAACGAGCAUACUUUCUCAAAGUUCUGUUCCCACCAACUGUAUGGGAUGGACAGGAAAAUCUGUCAAGUCUGUUCUGUAAAUGUGGUAACGGUUGACAUCUGUGAUAUUCUCUGAAGUUGCAGAUGCAGAGGACUUGAGGCCAUGUGCCACCUCAAGCCAGAGCAACAGUAAGUGUCUGGUUGUAGUUUGUUAGGGUAAACAAUUGAAUUGUAUAAAGUAUUAUAGCUUUACAAACCUUUCAAAGCCACUCAAUAGAAUACAAUUACCAUCACAUUUUUGCAUAUUAAGUUAUUUAAAGUCGUAUUACUACUUUGUGAAUGCUGUUAGAACUUUCCAAAUACUUGUGGUGCUGUGCAUGGGUGAAACUUGUACUUACAACAGUAGUGAAAUCACCAUAUUCUUCUGGGGUAAAACACAAGUGUGAUGCCAUGUUUGUAAUUAUCUGUAUGUAUUUGCCAUCAAACUAAAAGCAUUAUUUAAAACAAAAAAUGAUGCUUAGCAUUUAUUUUUGUUGGGAUUCAUUAACCUUCCCAUUGAGCUCCUGACUGACAUCCCUUCACUUUUGGUUCUGUGCCAGUUUCAAAAGUAUGUCUUAAUUUUUUUUACUUCUGUUUUCUCAGUUAGUCCAAGUGGCAGCCAGGAAGAAGCUGGCCAAGACAGAGCAUCAGAAUCAGGUUUCUUUAGCCAUCAAGAUAUUGAUCUCGAAAUCGUAAAUGUAGAACGUUUAAAUAACAGCAUGAUUUUUUACUUAUAUUUUAGACCAAGAGCUGCCAUCCCUGCUUGAUGAGCCUGUGGCUUCUGAGAUGCCCACUGGAUACAUUAAAGGUAUAUUAUGCUAGCCUAUAUGUUACAAAAUGUUGCUUCUCUUGUAUUAUCAACAUAAAUUCCAAAUUGUAUGGCUGUCAGCAGCUAUAUGGUUAUCAAUACUACUAAAAUAUAUGAAGGGUGGAUAUUUUGAUAGAGGUAUUUCACAUGGCCUUGAUACAUGUCCUGCCUGGUACUCAUGGCUUGUAUCGUCACGCUGCUUGCAGCUAAACUGUUGAGUCUUUAUUAUUUUCCAGAUCUUCAAGUAGUGGAGAUAAUGGUGAAACUGGAGAUGAUCCGUACAGAGUUCAAGCCUGCUCUGAACCAAGUUAUGGAGGCCAUAGAGGCCCGGUAG